AUGAGUUGGUAUUCCACUCUGAGCUACAUCAGUGCCUCUUCCAACAACAGCACUGAUGAACAGAACAGGAAUGAUCUUGGAACACCAUUCUUUAAGUUGGAGCUCAUGAACGGCAACUUCACCAGACCUGCUCCAUCCUCCACCUUUGUACUGGGCUCGAGCAUUCCAAUCAGAGCAGAGGUGGAGCUGCAAACUCAAAAGCCCAUGCUGCUGUUUCUGAAGGAGUGUAUCGCAGCUGUAGCAGCAGAUCUGGAUCGGUCCAGCCAGGUCCGCCCAGUCAUCACCAAUGCUGGGUGUCUUGUGGAAAGCAAAGUAGGGAACUCAAAAUUUCUGCCCAGACGGAAGCCAUCUGAGAUCCGCCUUUCUCUCCAGGCUUUCAAGUUUGUAUUUGGAGAAAACAUCUUCCUACAUUGCAAGCUGGCAGCAUGGUUUGCCAGCACUUUCACUGUGGACAAGAAGGCAUGUCACUACUUGAUGGAAACAGAGAGAUGGGAACUCGCUGAUGAUCCUAUUCAAAGUGAUCUCUGCAGCUGCUGUGACACUUUCUGCAUACAAAGGGACAGAGGCAGCCUCAAACUGGGUAUCCUCUUUGGUUUCCAAACCUUUUGA